AUGGCGGCACCGCGGGGGCGCCGCGCCCCUCACCGCACUUUUGCUGAUAUUCUAUCGAAAUCAUCUGAAUCCUCGCCUCUCCGGCCGCCGAGGCGUUAUAAGGGCCUGAUCGAUCAGAGGCACAUUCUGAUAAACUUUGAUCAUGAGAUCGAUUUCCAGCGCUGCUGGCUUCGAAAGACAUGGUCGAUCAAGGGAUCCCUCAUGCGAGUCUUUCGCUGGACGCCAGAUUUUCGCCCGGAUGUUGAGUCUCCCAUUAUUCCUGUUUGGCUAGCGUUGGAAGGCUUGCCGGCUCAUCUCCACGACAAGCGGGCCAUUUACUCGAUUGCUAAUCUGGUGGGCAACCCCCUUAAAGUCGACACCUCCACCUUAGUACCUAACCGCCCGUCGGUAGCUAGGGUGUGUGUGGAGCUCAACGUGGUCGCUGUCUUUCCGCCUCCUGUAUCUGGGGCGGGGGCUGCCUUCAAAAGUGUCUAUUUUCAUGUGGAGAUUGCUACGCCGUUUGCUGCCGUUUCCAGAUACUCUACAGCGGUUUGGUUUUUCAAUGCCCUCGGGCCGUUGCCAGCUCGAUACGUUCGCAGUGUCACUCAUGGUGGUUAUUGGCUCCAGCCAGAUCUGCUACAAUGUUUUAUGCGCAACUGCUCCCCUGCCUCAUCUUAUGGUUCCUAUGGAAGGCCUACAAUGUCUGCCUUCACGAGG